UCUGCAGUUCUGCUCUCGUCUGCAACAGCCAUUCUCGUCCGCUAGCAAGUACUGUUUUGGACUCAACUUCAGCAUGGAAGCAGAAAUUGCUGGAGUGAUUAUUGGAGUGAUGGUCGUUGUCUUCGCUAGCGUCGUCGUCGUUACCUUUUGUCGAAGGACAACUAGAAGCAAGAACGAGUUGAUCAUUGACAAACUUAACACAACGGGAUGUCGUUGGUUACUCCGACUUCUAUUCGACAUUCCCCGCAUGAUAUUCGUCAUCUACCUAGUAACGUCUCUAUUCCAGUCCGGACUAGACGACCACACGUUUGACCAUCCACUCGUUUACAUUUCAAUCGGAGCCAUAGACGUCGUCGUCUUCGUCUUAUAUUUGCUCUGCAAAUGCGCAUGCUGCAAGAUGUCCGGCCCAGUAUUCAAAGAACAAGCAAAUGUCUAUCUCUUCUACUCGUUGACACUUGGAUUUCCGUUCGGAACGGCCACAAAGAUAAUGGGCAUGUUACAUCUAGGAGGAGUAAACAUACCACGAGAUUCUAUCCCUGUUCCUUACCUAGUUGAAAUAGCAAUAGUGACUCUGGUCGUUCUAGUGCUCCAAUGCUAUGUCCUUUUACAGCCACACAAAGAACGGUCAAAGUGUUGGAAAUGUUUGGUUAUGGGAGGCUUCUAUCUGUUGCUUGCUUACUUGGUUUUCUUUUGGUUGUUUACCUUCUCUCUACUGUACCACGCCGGUUUCUACCAAAAUCUGACGAGUUACCACAUGAAGUACUGGAUGGUUUGUCUCCUGCCCGAAUGGAGCAUCGCAGCCGGGGCAUUUGUGUACGAAAUUUCUAAUGUUUGGCUGCUCUUUUUGGAAGACGAAGCUGAACUAAAAAAGUCACGAUGUUAUCGACUUCUUUUCAUGACUCCAAACAUUUUACUGCUUGUCGGAUAUGUCGCUGUUGCUCUUGUUCUCACCGCUCAAGCAGACGGUCUAUUAACUGAUGGCAGCAGCGUACAGACGCUUGUCAUCGUUACUGAAUGUGUAUGUCUGGUGCUCGUUGUGGUGGCUGGAGCAUUCGCAAUGUGCUGGCGUCCUACAAGAUCCAACAAAAUCCAUGUACAACCCCGCAGGGAUACAUCGGUGAUGCCUAAGAGUCGUCAGAUCGAGAUUCCGCUGAAAGAACCAGCAAUGACACGCACACGCACACAUCCACGAGUACAUCCAGGCACACACCCAGCCACACACCCAGCCACACACAUACGGUCUCACCCACGCACACACCCACGUUCACACAUACGCGCACACACACGCACAUUGCCGUCACUUAAUAACCCAACACAUUCUUCGACGUCUGAUUCUCAGAAUUAUUCCAAGCCGACCGAGCAACGGCUAAGUCCAACUGACGAUGGACAAACAAGCAGUCGGUACUACUACAAUAUUUCGGGUGGACGAUUACAUGAUGGCACUAGAGUACUCCCAGAUGCGUGGCAGUGAUUGGUCUGGGUUGUGUAAUGUCUAUAUAGCACCACAAUGUAUACCUAUGUAUUAACUUGUAUAACUAUAGAUAUACACACUUAGCAAGCACUCUACACUAUGUAUGUUUGAACGUUAAUUACACAUGUAUAACAUAGUAUAGUACAAACAUUCAAAAAUA